GGAGGGCCCACCGAAACGCAUAUGAUUCCCGGUCCCACUCCACGUAGCUGGGCUGAUGCUGCCGGAUGCUAAUAUUUUCCCUGGCUAUCACCUCCGAUUAGUCAACCAUAAUCUCACUCUUCAAAAACGAGAUCAUAAAUUCUCCGCCCAUAACACACCUCCACUGAAACACGCCUGCUAUCUCUCUCUCGUGUUCUUUUGUGUGUAUGUAUGUAUGUAUGUAAGUAAGACGAGUCCUCAACGUACGUACGAAAUCAGCCACCGGAAAAUUAAAUUAAAUCCCUGCAGGACCUCCUCUCCAUGGCUCCCUCUGUACGAUCCGUAUUCAUGAUCAGAAUUAGAUCCGUAUGGGCGCGUCUCAUACUCCUCCUCCUCUCCGACAGACUCCGACUAUGCUUCUUCUCCAAACUCCACGCUCUCCGCGCCUGUUUGCUUGCCUCCACCUCCUACCUCCGCCGCAUGCUCGUCCAACGAAAAAACCUCGGCUGGAUCCAACUGUCUUACUUUCUCUUCGAAUCUAUCCUCGGCUUCCUCCUCCUGAGAUCCCUCGACCCAACCACUCGCCGGAAAACAGACCUCGACCUCUUCUUCAUGUCAGCCUCAGCAGCCACAGAUUCGAGCAUGCUGACGGUCGAAAUGGAGGCCUUCUCACACCCCCAGCUCCUUGUCUUGGCCCUCAUGAUGCUCUUCAGCGGCGAGGUCUUCACCUCUCUUCUUGAUCUCCAGCUCCUCAAAUGCGAGCUCGUCAGGAAGCGGGGGAAAUCAAACAUGAAGACGGUCACGGUUGACGUAAGGAGCUCCUCAACCGACGUCGACGAUGGUAGUACCCAAAGCCAAAUCGAGUUGGUGAUCGUUGAAUUACCCAACUCCGCGUGUUUCAAACCCAGCCCUGUAACCCAAUCUGAGGAUCAAGCCAACAACGAGGUGCCGCGGGUUCUGAGCUACGUCAUCCUCGGCUAUCUUCUACUGUCUCAUCUCCUCGGCUCCGUGUCAAUCUUUGCCUAUCUUAGCCUUGUUCCAAGCGCUAGAGAGGUGAUCAGGAGCAAGGGGUUCGAUCAUGCAUUGCCCUUUUCAAUCUUCAUGACGAUCUCGUCGUUUGCCAACGCAGGGUUCUCUCCCCUCAACGAAAACAUGAUGCCCUUCAAGAGAAACCCCGGCAUGCUGUCCAUCUUCAUCCCCCUGCUCCUCGUGGGCAACACUCUGUUCCCAGUCUGCUUGAGGUUGGCUGUCGAGAUGCUGAAGAGCUUCACGAAGAGAGAAGAAUUUGAUUACCUGCUGAAGAACAGCGAAAAGGUCGGGUUCCAUCACUUGCACUCCCGCCUCAGUUCCGUCAUGCUGUUCAUCACGGUUGUCGGGCUUGUGACGGUCCAGACCGCCUUCUUUUGCUUCAUGGAGUGGAAUUCGAAGCCGCUGGAUGGUUUGAACCCCUACCAGAAACUCGUGGGUUCUCUGUUUCAGUCGGUAGAUGUACGGCACGCUGGUGAAUCCCUCUUCGAUCUGUCCCUCCUCUCGCCUGCGAUCUUGGUCUCCUACGUCGUGUUGAUGUAUCUUCCUCCGUACACAUCAUUUACGCCGAUGGAAGAAGAAGAAAGAAGCGGUACUCCGACCGUGAUUACCAAAGAAAAGAAGAGCCAGCGGGGCCUAAUUAAGAGCCUUCUCAUGUCACAACUCACAUACUUGGCCAUCUCAAUUAUCCUCAUCUGCAUCACGGAGAGAGAAAAGCUCACUCGUGAUCCUCUAAAUUUCAACGUGUUGAACAUAACCAUCGAAGUGAUCAGCGCGUUCGGAAAUGUGGGAUUCUCGACUGGUUACAGCUGCGAUCGACAGCUGAAGCCCGACGAGAAUUGUAAAGCUCGAUGGUACGGGUUUGUGGGAACGUGGAGCAGCCAAGGGAAGUUCAUUCUAAUAGCUGUCAUGUUCUUCGGAAAACUUAAAAAGUUCAGUAGGAAGAGUGGUAAAGCUUGGAAGUUAAAUUAAAACAAGCAAGCUUAAUUAAUUAAGCACGCUAGCUCAUCGAUAUUCCUUGGCCCCUUGCGAUUGAAGUAAUUACCUUUGAUCAGCUAUUGUACGUUUGUGUAUAUGUAUACGUAUAGCAUGAGAAAUUAGACCACAUUCUUCAAAGCAAACUGCUUUUUUUUUAGAAA